AACCCCAGCUGCCUCCCGAGCCCCGCAAUGAUGUUUGCCAUUGCCAUCCUUUUCGAACUGUCGGUUCGCUGUCGUGUUUUCGUCGUUGACUGCGCGCGCGCUUAAUUGAGCAGCAACAGCAAGCAGAAGCUGAAUGCUGCGACAGCGAACAACGACUUUUGUGUCUGUCAGCUCAACAGUUUCUUGCCAACGUCCUGCAGUUUCAGCCGACGCAGCAGCAGCAGCAGCAGCAACACGGCGCGUUCUUUUUGCGUCUCCGUUGCCAGGUUUUACAUUGCUUGCGCGUUUCCUACGUUGACUAGCUUCUCAUCUAUAUCCAUUAUUUGGCUCACCAUUUGUUUAGCACUCAACUGCAAUACAAAAAAAAAAACAAAAACAAAUACAAUAGAAAGUGAAACGACAAAGCGCAGCAGCAACAAAAUGGCGUCCAUUGAUAUUAUUGCUUAGCGCACAAAAGUAUGCAACGAGAAUGUCGAUUGGGUCGUCGUUAGUUACGCGCGCCGCAUAGCUAGCAGCUACAACACUCGCACACGCACAUGCACAUGCAUAUCAAGUUGACCGAUUGAAAAUCGCAACAACAAUAAAACGCACUCGUAAAUUAGCAAUAAAUUAGACAAAAAAACCAAAACAACAACAAAUUUCAAAAAAACAACUUUUACUCGUUUGAAUAUAAUAAAUAUGGCAAAUACAGCGCAACUGUUGCGCCGUCAAAGCUCGCGCGAUAUUGUGCUCAAGAGCCAAAAGAGCAUCGAUCAAUUGGAACUGCGGGAGUUACGUGGUCGUUUGGUGCCCAAGGAGCAUGGCGUCAGUCAUCAUCAUCACACCUCGCUGCAUCAUCACCAUCAACCGCUCUAUGGCGCCACAAAUCAGGGCUUCAUGUCCGAUGCCUUCGAUGAGUCAUCGGAACUGGAGCAGGAGCCACCGUUUGGCUCCGAUGCUGGCACCAGCAAAACCAAGGCCGAGCUGGCCGCCGUCGUUGAGCAACAGCAGCAGCAGCAGGACAUCGUUGAGGGCGAAAAGGAGGGCGAGGAACGCGAGAGCUGGGACAGCAAAAUCAUGUUUCUGCUCGCCACCAUUGGCUAUGCGGUUGGCCUAGGCAAUGUCUGGCGUUUUCCGUAUCUGGCGCAGAAAAAUGGCGGCGGCGCCUUUCUGGUGCCCUACUUCAUAAUGCUGUGCAUUCAAGGGAUACCGAUCUUCUAUCUGGAGCUGGCGAUUGGCCAGCGACUGCGCAAGGGCGCCAUCGGAGUGUGGAGUCAGGUGUCCCCUUAUUUAGGCGGCAUUGGCAUCUCGUCCGCUGUGGUCAGCUUCAUUGUGGCGCUGUACUACAAUACGAUCAUCGCUUGGUGCUUGAUCUAUUUGCUGCACAGCUUUGAAUCGCCGCUGCCGUGGGCCGAUUGCCCAACGCGUUUGUACAAGAAUUACACGUACGAUCAUGAGCCGGAGUGUGUGGCAUCGUCCCCGACACAAUUCUAUUGGUAUCGCACCACGUUGCAGUGCUCGGAGAGCGUUGAUCUGCCGGAGAGUUUCAAUUAUCACAUGGCGAUUGCAUUGAUUGUGUCGUGGUUCCUCGUCUACAUCUGCAUGGUGCAGGGCAUCACAUCGUCCGGCAAAAUUGUCUACAUGACUGCCAUCUUUCCCUACGUGGUCCUCAUCAUAUUCUUCUUUCGCGGCAUCACACUCAAAGGCGCCGCCGAUGGCGUUGCGCAUCUGUUCACGCCACGCUGGGAGACGCUACUCGAUCCUGUCGUUUGGCUUGAGGCCGGGACUCAGAUCUUUUUCUCGCUUGGCUUGGCUUUUGGCGGUCUGAUUGCGUUCAGCUCGUACAAUCCGGCGAAUAACAAUUGCUAUCGCGAUGCCAUUUUGGUGUCGUUGACCAAUUGCGGCACCUCAAUGUUUGCCGGCGUCGUUGUGUUUGCCGUCAUCGGGUUUAAGGCCACGGCGACCUUUGAUCGCUGCACCGAGGAACGCGCCGGACUCGUCGCUCAGAAUCGCACUCACAAUCUGCCCAUUUGCGAUCUGGAGCAGGAGCUGGCCAAUAGCGCUUCAGGCACUGGACUCGCUUUUAUCAUCUUCACUGAGGCCAUCAAUCAGUUUCCGGGCGCUCAACUUUGGGCCGUGCUCUUCUUCCUCAUGCUCUUCACGCUCGGGAUUGACUCGCAAUUUGGCACCUUGGAGGGCGUCGUCACAUCGCUGGUGGACAUGAAACUGUUUCCCAAUCUACCCAAGGAAUAUAUCGUUGGCGCUCUUUGCUUGUCGUGCUGCAUCAUUUCAAUGUGCUUCGCCAAUGGCGCUGGCAGCUACAUCUUUCAGCUAAUGGACAGCUUUGCCGGCAACUUUCCGCUGCUGAUCAUCGCGCUCUUCGAGUGUCUCUCGAUCAGCUACAUUUAUGGCGUGCGACGCUUUUCCGAUGACAUCGAAAUGAUGACGGGCUCGAGGCCCGGCUUCUAUUGGAUGUUCUGCUGGAAGUAUCUGUCGCCGUGUGCCAUGGUCACCAUUCUGCUGGCCUCGUUCUAUCAGCUGGUCACCGAGGGCAGCAGCUAUCCGGCUUGGAUCGCUGCCAAGGGCGCCACCGAGUCCAUGGAGUGGCCCCAUUGGUGUAUUGUCAUUGCCUUUGCCUUGAUUCUGUCGUCCAUUCUCUGGAUUCCACUGGUUGCUUUAUUGCGAAGCGAAACCCUUUAAGAGAGGUACAUAACCUCACUAAAAAGCUUUUAUAGCUGUGAAGCUAUUAACAGGAAACUUGUAAGCUUUUAUCGCUGGAAUCGAUGCGGUUUCGGACUGUGGUUCUGCUUCUGGUUCUGGUUCUAACAGCAUGACACAGCAGCAAUGUUUGGUUGCAGUUGUUGAUGUUGCUGUUGCAGUUGCACAUGCCUAACGGUAAGUAAUAACGCCACUGACUUGUCCAGCGUGCCGCGUUUUAGCUCCUCCUGGCCUUGUGUUGUCAGCGAAGCGCAACAUGCGGAAGCCCAAAGUGCUGGCCAAGUGCUGACCAGAAGCAGCAGCUGGGAGGAGAUGGAAGGUGGUGUCUAUUAAACAGGUAGUUUGGGACUGUGGCUGUGGCUAACUUGACUGAUAAAGCCAUAGAGCGUUGGGAUUGCGCGCCGCCAAAUUAGCGGAAAAUUACAACGUGCAACAAGUUGCAAAUGCGGCGCGUUGCACGUUGCGCGUUGCGCUAACUUGCCUAGAGGCAGCAAGCAAGCAUAUUAUAUACAUA